UACCAAAUACUGAAUAAAUAUCCUGAAGCAUUUCAAGUCCGAAGUGGAAUUAAAUAAGACUUACAUGGAUCUAGGAUUGGGUAUUUUUUACUGAAUCGGAUGUUGUGUCACCCAGUGUCUACUGUAUAAUUUAUAAGUUUAAUUUUCCUUGAACCACCAAAAAUAAUUUUAUAUUGAACUCGAGUUCAAUUCACAUAACAAACAAAACAUUGGUGUGUGCGUUUGCAAGGCAUGUUUAAAACGAAAGUGAAAGUACGUUUUAUUUCUAAAAAUCUAAAUUUAUCUCUAUGACACGUCAUCGCAAACACUUACCAUACUUUAACCCGGCCUUGCAUUAUACUACCACCGCUCUCACGGAAUAAAACAAUCUAUUUAAAUCUUGGGGAUUUCCAAAGUAGUGAAUUGGACUAAUAAGCUAAGAUUAUGUUUUGACAGACGAAAAAAUAAUUUUGUGUUUGUUGAUUUGUGUCGGGUUUAUUUACUUUAUACAGAAUAAAGCGGCCUUAGCCAGGAUAUUUAUAUUGAAAUUGUUGCCUGCUGGGCUCGUUCUGUACCAUUCAUAAAUGGCAGAACUUGAAGGGUCUAGUAUUGAUGAUUUGCCCAGAGAUGACAUUAUCAAGGCGAAUAUUCUGGCAUAUCUUCCUCAUAUUCGCACCUUCAUUCAAUCAACAGAUCUUCUCAGAUUGAAAUGUUAUAGCAAAGAGCAAAGAAAGAAGAUAUUUGAACUGUCCCGAAAGAGCGUUGACAAAGCUGUUGAGCUCGGUUUGCGAAUGCUUAUCUAUGACAUAGAGGACUCCGGGCGUUUUACCGCGUUCAGGGAGCUGAUGGCCAGCGAAAACGGAUAUCCAAAGAUUGCCCGAUAUAUCGAGGGUGAAAUUGUUGCUUCAGAUGAACACUUCAGGAAACUUUUGGAACUGUUUGCUGAUCAAAUAGUUCCAGUAGUGAAUCCAACGGAGAUUUUACCAUCCUUGCUUACAAGAGAACUUAUAACGAACGAAGAUGUUCAGAGGAUUAUAGCUGAAACGCAUAACCACGGCAGGGACGUUGCAGCAUGGGAAAUGCUUUUAAGAUUACAAAGCAGAAAGGAAAACUGGUUUAAAGAUUUCUUGGUCAUUUUGAUUGACCAUGGAUAUAACGAUGUAGCGGAAAAACUGGAGCCGGAUAUGUUCAACAAGAUUGUUGUGCAGAAAAACGAAGACACUCAGUUGAGUGACAAUUUAAGAGAUAGCAACGUUUCUAUGAGUUCUGAAACAGAGGAACCAAAUGCUUUUGUGACUGAAAAAUGUGAAAUUGACAGUGGGGAGCACAAACAAACAAACACGGAUAUGGAAAUGACAAAUUUGAAUUCAGAACCAAUUGCCAGCUCUCAUUGCAAACCUAACGAACUUGGAUCGAAUACCUUAAAGAUUGAGUUGGACGAACUUGGCAUGGAAAUUGUGGACAUGCUACUGCCGCAAAACAAAGAAGCAGUUGUGACUCCCUGCGUCAAUGAUGAUACUACAAGUUUAAAAGCCAUACAAGCAAGAACCUUCAGAAGUGACAGUCAGACAGAUGAUGCGAUAACUGCGGAUAAAAGCGAAACUGAUAAAUUUCAAUUAAAAGAAUCCAUUACUCGAUACCCUGAUCACGAAGUACUGACCCAUUUGAAUAUGGAAACAGAAGAAACACUUGUUAAAGUUAUUGCAAGAGACGAUAUUACCAGCGGAUUAAGUCCACAAGAGGCUCAUGAAAACCAAACACAGUUAAAAAUCCAUGACGAUUCUAGCAAAAAUCACGUUUCACUGUCUGAUUUCAGCAACGAUGAAAUUAUUAAAGGUAACUUGAAAUCUUUUUCUGGAUAUAUCUGUCUGUGUUUGGAGCCAACCGACUUUUUAAGACUGCAAUAUUUUAAUCAAGAGCAACGCAAAAUGUUGAGAGACUGUGAAGACAACAUGGCUGUCAAAAUUGGCUAUGAUAUUUUCAUGAACGAAAUUGACGACCCUGGACGAUUUGUAGCUUUUUAUGAGCUUAUGGCUGGAGAAAAUGGCUAUCCCAAAAUUGCACAGUUAUUGAAAGGGGAGUUCGUUGCUUGUGACGAGCAUUACAGAAGAUUGCUGGAUUUAUUUGUGGACGAUUUAUUAGAAAAAAUCCCUAAUCCUACAACACUGAUUCCUAUUCUUGAAAGAUUCAAAGCUAUAAAUGACGCUGACGCACAAGAAAUAAGAGCAGAAUAUGUCAAUAAAGGGCAUUAUCGAGCUAUUUGGGUGUUGCUGUUCAAACUCCCUUGUAGAGUAGAGACUUGGUUUAAGGAUUUCAUGAAUGCUCUCAUUGAAUGCGAUUUAUUGGCACUGGCUGAAAAGUUGGAACCUGACAUUUACAAAAAAUUGAUGGCGCAACAUAGGUACAAUGAACAAAACAGUUGUGUGACCGAGACAGAAAUUGCAUCUUCAUUUGAAUCGGGAGAAGCAAAAAGCUGCGGAAAUGAAGACGUCCCUGACUUUAGCGAAUUACUCCAAUCUUCUCCAAUCUUGUCCGAUGAAGAAGAAACAUGUUUGAAAGCAAAAUCCGCUGUUGAUGACGUAACAUCGGCUUUCAAAGAACUUCUGCAUAACACUGAUAGCCAUGAGACAGAAAUAUAUUGUCGACUUCCAAAAGAGGGAACACAAACGACUGUAAAACAAGCAAGGUCUCAGAUGUAUACAACUGAAGCUGGAAAGCGAUUAGUUUAUGACAAAGAGUUUUUAUUGGCAUGUAAAGGAUCGCCCCUUUCUUCGAUUUGUCCACCCGAAAUAGCAAACAUUCCGGACAUUGACAUACGUAUGACUACUAGAAUCGGACGCAGGAAACAAUGAGAAUACGAUACGAAACGAUUUAAAUAUAAUUGGACCGGAAAGGGUCUUUAGCGAGAAAGAGUUUGAGAUCAAUAUUGAGACAGACCAAGACGAUCUUGGAACGAAUGUUAAUGACGUGGAUAUAAGUCUACGGGGUUACCAAGAAGAGUUAGCACAGGAGGGUUGUGAUGGAGAAAACGUUAUAGUGAUGGCUCCAACAAACUCGGGCAAGACCAGGGU